UUGAAGAAACGAGGGGAUUCGGACUGUUUGUUGGCAAGAUGUUGUUAUUUUGGAUAAGAUUAAGGAUAGAAAAGUAGAACCUGGAUAAUAAAAAUUAACUGUGUCUAGUUAAUUAAAUAAGGCUUACAACCAGUUACAGACUCUCUCCGCCGCCCUAGUCAACCGCGGGGACUCUUUGAUCUACAUACAAUCUAAAAGACUCCCCAUCCCAACAACACAUACAACUCCAACGCAGAAAGAGAAGACUUCUCUUUGUACACAGUCAUCCGCGCGGUUCUUUUGCUGAUUUUCUAGUCUGGUCAGCAGCGUCUGGCAACCUUGCCAUACCGGUUCCUUUCCCCCACUUUGCUGCCUGACAUUAUGUGGAUUUGCAUAUAGCUCCAGAGCUAACUUGGUAACCCUCGUUGCCUCCACCCAACGCAACACAGCUUUCAAUCUCAUCUACUACUUACAUCAAUCCGGCCGACUACCAGAGUGAUUGAUUACCCCACCCUCCCCCCUUACCGCAGGGAACAGAACACCAUGGCAUAUGAUAGACAAACGAUCCAGCAGAGUUUGAACGCUCUGCUUGGAAAGCUGACAGAUCCUGACCCGGAUAUCCGCUACAUGUCCCUCAACGACUUGUUGACCACCAUCGAACAAGCCAACUCCGCCUACCUGUCCCAGGAUGUCCAUUCAUGUUCAAGGCUAGUGGAGGGUCUGCUGAAAGCCCUCGAGGAUCAACAUGGCGAGGUGCAAAACCAGGCAUUGAAAUGCCUAAAACCACUUGUCACUCGCCUUCCUCCGGAAAUAGUAACACCCCUAAUCGACAAACUCACUUACAUGACGGCCUCUCAGACCAUUGAUACCUCCGUACCCAAUACCGCACUUAGAAUCAUCCUGGCAGCUUUGCCUCGUCCGGAUCCCGGCGCCCCUCCUUCUCGAGAAUCCCAGGCAGGAUACAUGGCAGUAUCCAAGGUUUUGAUUCCAAGGCUUGUAGAAGAAACCGUGGCAGCUAAUGGGCAAUCUACGGUGAAGGGAAUGUUGGCAAAUGAUCCUGAAAAGGGAUACAGCAGCGAAGCCCUCGAUGUGUUGAUCGAAGUUGUGAAGAAUUUUGGCCCGAUGCUCAACGAGAGGGAGCUAGUUUCUCUGGAGGAGACAGUGAUGGCUAUUGUUGAAAAUGAUAACGCGGGAACGGUGGUAAUAAAACGGGCGUUGACGGCCAUCUCAGGUCUCUUGGCACACUUCUCCGAUGCGCAGCUCAGCAAGUUCGUUUCAACACUGAUAGAAAGCUUUCGAUCAUCACACCUCACAUCAAUCCACCGUCGACAUCUCAUUGGGACAAUAGCAGCGUUGGCUAGAUCAAUCCCUGCCAAAUUCGGCCCUUAUUUGAAGACAUUGGCCCCCUUUGUGCUCUCAGCUGUCAGCGAACAAGAACUGAAUGAAAUGCGAGACGGUGAGUCGGAUACAGGAGAGCACGACCCGGAAGAAGACGAAUUACGCGAAACGGCCCUAGUAACGCUGGAGGCUUUACUUGGAUCUUGUAGCAAUGAAAUGCAGCCGUACAUCGGUGAUGCCAUAGACGCUGCGUUGCGUUACCUCAAGUAUGACCCCAAUGUAGCUGAAGUUGAAGACGAGGAAAUGGGUGGGACGCAGGAUGAGGGUAGUGAUGAUGGGGCAACUGAGGAGCCCGAUGACGACAAUGAUGCCUUUGAUGACUUUGAAGAGGAAGAGGGAUACAGUGACAUAGAUGAUAUGAGCUGGAAGGUCCGUCGAUGCGCUGCCAAGGUGUUAUACACAAUCAUCGCAACUCAGGCGAAUAGUGUGAAAGUCCUAGAGGGCGGCCCUAUAUAUCAACGAAUUGCACCUGCUCUCCUCGCGAGGUUCACUAGGGAAAGAGAGGAAUCAGUCAAACUAGAAGUUGUUGCUAGCAUGACUUGCCUUGUCAGGAAAACUGGCGAGAUCUCAGCCGCGAUCAAUCCUGACAUACUCUUUUCCGAUGCUUUUGGAAAGGGAAAAACAUCUAGAAAGAGAAGAAGACAGGACAGCGAUGCUAACUUGUUUGAUUUGGAGUCGGAGGUCGCAUCUUCAUCUGUCAUGAGUUCACCAAUUACUAUUCCCUCGACACCAAAUUCGGUUCCUCAGGCAGAAAUUGCAAAGUUGACUCCUAGUAUCAUCCAGAAUAUUGUCAAGCUAUGGAAACGGGCGUCAAUACCAUUGAAGCAGGCCGCGAUAUCACUAUUGAAAAGUCUUGCCCUUGUUCGGUACGGUGGACUUAACGAUUUCCUACAGCAGAUUGAAGACCCGAUCGCAGACGCCUUAAAGACCUCUGCGUUAUCAGGAGGCUUUUCUGUCUCUGCUGGUACAUCAUCCGUCAGCGCUGGCAGCUUGCAGAUAGAAACUCUUAGUCUAAUUGCUGCGAUCUCGGAGACCCAUGCGUCCAAUGCGCUCCUGCCGUUCCUCAUUGCGCUAAUCCCUGGAGUUGUUAGCGCGGCGAAUGACAAGAAUUACAGGGUUGCAAGUGAAGCUCUAGGAGCCGUGGAACAAAUCGAGAAGGCCUUGACGCCACCUCGCGUAUCUGCCACUGAACAUGACCUUGGGCCGCAGUUGGAGAAGUUGUUCGACAUCAUCGUUGAGAGAAUUGCGGACAACAGCUCUGAUCUAGAAGUUCGUCAGCGAGCGAUCCACGUCCUUGGCGUAUUGCUAGGUCGCACUUCCGGAGCACAGGGGUCCAAGUUCAUCUCACCCGUUCAGCGCGCUGCGGGCUUGUCACUGCUAGUCGAACGCCUGCGAAACGAAACAACAAGGCUUGCAACAGCUCGUGCCAUUGAUGAUAUUACUUUGCUUGCUAGUGGCCCUGACGAUGUCACAUCUCCCUGGGUCCGUGACGUGACACUGGAGCUUGGAACCCAGCUUCGGAAAUCCGACCGCGCGCUACGGGGCUCUUGUUUAGAGGCGCUCAAAAGUCUUGCAAUGAACCCACAUACCCGGGCCCUCUACGACCAAAAGACAAUACAAGAACUGGCCAGCUUUCUCCUACCUCUUCUCAAUACUGAAGACCUUCAUCUGCUCACUCCAACCCUCAUUAUCCUCGGCAAAGUAAUUCCUGGCAAUGCGCAACAACUUAUCAACAGCAGAAUCGUGGCUGCUUUGUGUUCUGUUGUGCAGGCACCUUUGGUGGGAACAGUUCUAAAGGCAUUUUUGCUUUUAGUCCGAGUGAUCGGGGAGCAAGGAGCGGGAACUCCACUUAUGCAGGCGUUUUUACGGGAUGUCGGUGUCAAUGGAGACCCUGCUGUUGUCGGAAGAACCAUUGGAACACUACUUGUAUAUGGCGGUCCAAAGAUUGGAGUCAAAAUGGAAGACUUCCUGACAGAACUUCAAACGGCGCAAGACACUCAACGCAAAUGUCUUGCCCUCGCUGUCUUGGGAGAAGUUGGCCUUCGCAUGGGAUCUGCGUGUCCCUUAGUUCCCGAAACUUUUAUCUCGAAUUUCAAUUCCAAGUCUGACAAAGUACGGCUCUCCGCUGCCAUCGCCCUUGGAAAUGCUGGCGCGAGCAAUAUCAAAACAUAUCUCCCAGUUAUCCUAGAAGGUCUGGAGAAGUCCACAUCGUCAAAGUAUCUCCUUCUCCAUUCUCUAAAGGAGAUCCUACAACAUCCUGAAAGUGUCCGGCCUGACGUCGCACCAUUUGCCACACGCCUUUGGCAGCGACUCCUCACAGCUUCUGAUGACGAAGAUAACCGCGCAGUGGGCGCGGAAUGUAUUGGAAGAUUGGCUCUCAUCGAGCCGACCUCCUAUAUCCCCUUACUUCAGGAAUACCUGUCAAAUGAAAACCCUGCUAUCAGAGGCACAGUCAUAUCAGCUUUCCGGUACACCCUUGCCGACGCUAGCGAUGCCUACAACGACGUCCUGCGCCCACUGAUCAUUCCAGUGUUGGUCUCCAUGCUGAACGAUACGGAUCUUGGAAAUCAUCGUCUAGCCCUAACUACCGUGAAUUCCGCCAUCCACAACAAGACUAACCUCAUCGUCCCACAUCUCAACAAAAUCUUACCCGCAGUUAUCAACGAUACCCUAAUCAACCCUACACUUGUCAGGGAAGUUCAAAUGGGCCCCUUUAGACAUAGAGUCGAUGAUGGUCUAGAAGUUCGAAAGAGCGCCUACGAAACGCUCUACGCAUGUCUAGAAAUAGCCUUCAACACCAUGAACAUCUCCGAAAUCUUCGACCGAAUCAUCACCGGCAUCGGAGACGAGCAGGACAUCCGCACCAUAUCCAACCUAAUGAUCUCUAAACUAAUUACGCUCGCACCGGAUGAGACUCGCGCCCGCCUCGACGACCUCAGUGCACCAUUGCGCAAGGUCCUCUCAACUAAACCUAAGGAAAACGCAGUUAAGCAGGAACUUGAGAAGGCGCAGGGUGCGUCGCUGGGGGUAUUGAAGAUUACGCGGGAGUUGCAGAAGGCGUUCCCGACCGCGGAGACAUCUGGGGAUCACCGUGCAUGGAAGUCGUAUGUGGAGUGGGUAGGGAAGGAGUUUGCGCUAUUGAUUAGGUCUUUGGCGAAUGAUGGGUAGGAUAGGUUGAAUUUGCCUGGCUAGGUUUUGUUUGCGAUGCGUCCAUUGUCUCUUUGCGAGACUUUCUUUUUUUGCCUCAUGAGAUUGGGGGAGGUAGAGGGGGGUGAAUGACCCACCUGCUGGAACAAGACGAAAAAUAUUGGGCUUGAUGAAGGCUACCAAGGUAUUUCCGUCACCCGAUCCCAUUAUUCGUUUUCUCGCCUCUUCUAGCCGUUGAGAGAUACAAUUAUACGUGAACUGAACAGGAAAUGAGGGUAUGCACGUAAUGAACUAUUGCUGUCGCGGUUUUUGGUUUCUGCUUUCCACUCCGUGUUUUUAACUAGAAAAAUCAAACUUCUCCACCCCACCCUGAACACUCUGAACACUCUCUCUCUGGCGGUUAAUAUCAGCACUUAUCACUCAUACUUGAAGCACGCCUCCAUUGCAGAUUCAGAAUUGGGGUAUCAUCCCUUAGCAGCCAGUGACCGUGUCGCCAAAGAAUCUCAGCAGGACGACUGGUAUUCAUAGGGAUAUGUUUCCAAAAGAAAGGAAACGCGAACGGUCAAGUCAUGGAAUUAGGGAACUAACCGCUUACCAUUGGAUAGUUUAAAACACUUCGUACAGUAAAAAUACGGAUCAGAAGAGAUAGCCUCUGUAUAGGGUAUUGGUUUGAAAUACCCGUCCAACUUACAAGUUCAACAGGAUAUUGAGGGAACAAUCUUUUCCAUCGUCUCCAGCCCACAGUCGCCAUUUGAACACCAUGUAGUUAGUUAACAUGGCUUGGUAUAUUCCUAAUACUUAGGGUGCCAACCCGCGAACCCCCAAUUAAGCAAAACCCAGAUAACCUGCCAUUGUGUAUCAACACAUUUAUUAGCCAGGUUGAGGUCUGC